AUGACAGUCCAACCACUCCUACUUCUGGCCCUGAGCUCCCUCGCGAUAGGCGUAGUCUCCAUCGUGGACCCUUGCGAUUUCGCUGAUAUCGCAGCGGAUGCCGGGGACAAUGCCAUAAUGGCCGAUUACAUCACCGACAACGGCGGCCCCAUGUACCUGGACUAUAAUAUCACCGGGCCUUACUACUACGCCGACGCCGACGUGCAACUGGUCCAUGAAACCUUGUCCGUCGACGCGAACGACACCAGCGUGCUCGUUGCUACAGACAGUGCCAAUGUGAAUCUAUCCCACGUCGAGGUGAUCAAGACAGGAUACUGCACCUGGCUGACCCAGGCGAGCUUCUUCGGCGUCAACGCCGCAAUCAAUAUUGCCAAUGGCUCUACGGCAUAUAUCGAGGACAGCAACAUUACAGUCCACAAUGGAGCAGCCAACAUCUUUGCCUACGGUACUGGAACAGUCGUUUAUGUUAGCAACACCGAUCUCUACAGCUCCGGCCCCGUCGCGCACGGUCUCUACGCUGCCGGCAACGGGACAAUCUACGCGUCCAAUGUCCGCCAUUACUCUGGCGGAAAUCGCUGCUCCUCCUUCUCCGGCGACACUCCCGCUGGAUAUGUGUACGUGGACGACGCGGUUGCGCACACGGCGGGAGUGGGCAGUGCCAUCUUCUAUGCCUUGGGCGAGGUAUACGGGACCGACGUCGUGGGACUGGCCGAGAACGCCCCCGUCCUCUUCAGCGAUGGAGCACAAAAAGCGGUUUUCAAGAACGUCGACUUCACUGCCGGCCUGCUCGCAGGGACUGUCAUGUUCUCGUCUGCCGAGCGACAGAGCGGAGCGUCGAUUUCCUUCGAAGACUCCCGGUUGACAACAUUGAAGGAGGACAUGGCCGCGCUCUGGUUCGGCAACGUCGUUGCCAGCGCUCGCCUGGUCGCUACGAAUAUCAGCUCUGCCUCGGGGAUUCUUGUCCUGGCCAAUGCCUCUCAGGUCACCCAGGCGUUCAACCACUUCGCUGGCGUCGAGGAGAACCCCUCGAUCAAGCCUGCUGAAGUGGCAGUCUCCGUGGCUGAGUCGGCCCUGGAGGGAGAUAUUGUAGCGUACAAUAAAAGCUCUAUUUCCUGGAAUCUUACAGAGCACUCGAGCUGGACCGGGUCUGCGUACUCGGCCACUGGGGCUGCCCGUUUCGAUGUCUCUCUUGACGAAACCUCCACCUGGACGCUUACGCGGAACGUGAGUCUGCACAAUUUCGCCAAUGUAGUCCCAGAUCAUGGGAACAUUCGUUCUCGAGGAUUCAGUAUUCACUAUAACGCCUCGGCAGCUGGCAGCAAGUGGCUCAAAUCUAAAACUGUGGCCCUGCCGGGAGGUGGCCAUCUUAGGCCGUACCCUCAGUAG